UUUUUACUCCGUAAUUUUUCCCACGGACAACGGGGCGAGACAAUCAGAUGAUGAUGAUACUUUAAAAAUACAUUGAGUUCAGUUGCAGUAGCCUCCCUGUAGCUAUUCAAACUUAUAACUCACUGGCGCACUGAUAGCUCAUCUACUUUAGCUUUAGGCUAUUACUGCAGUAGGAAAAAAAAAAAUUUUGAUUGUGUCGUCUAAUAUGUCCAAAUUACCUGGAAGCUCUGGAGUAUCACUGCUCAGUGACAAGUCGCUCGAAUUCUAUCGAGAUCCGGUGGCUUUUUACGAGCAUCGCAUCAAAAAGCAUGGAAGCCGUAUAUUUGAAGCCAGGCUGCUCAACAAGUCAACAUCUUUCGUGUGUUCAGUGCAAGGGAUGAAAGAGCUACUUUGCGAGAAAUCUUCAAUUUUCCAGAAAGACCCCAAUGAUGUUAUGCAUCCUUUGUACGGGGACAACAUCGUCACAGCCAAUGGUGAAGAGGCCUGUCUGCUCCGUCUCUCCCUCACACACCUGUUCACAGGGAAGUGUCUUCAGUCCUGCACAGGCUACAUCAACAGUGUUUGUGAGAACUGUCUGAAGGGACUCUCUGCAAGCUGUGGGCCGCUGUCCAUCUACCCCCUGUUCAAGCAGCUUGGAACAGAGCUGGUACUGGGGAUGUUCCUCAACGUGCACGCCCAGGACACGCCUGACGUCUUCCAGGAGAUCAUGCGACUGUGCACCCAGCACUGGCACGGACUCAUCUCGGCCCCCGUCAGCGUUAAGGUUCCCAUGUGGUCCUCCGGGUUCUGCACGGCACUGGAGGCCAGGAACAAGCUGAUGGACAUCAUCCACGACAAACUGGGCACUGAGCAGCAGGGGUUUGUGGCUGACAUGAGGGCCCUCCCUCUCCCAGAUGACAGCUGUGCUCCACAGCACCUCCUGCUGUUCAUUUCAGCCCUGAUCCCCAAAGCCCUGGCAUCACUCCUCACCUCCUUCACUCUGGCACUGAGCGGGCCAAGCAGGGAGGGCAUUCGGAAUCGGGCGAGGGCGGAGCCAGAGUACUUCAACCACGUGCUGCUGGAGGUUCAGAGGCUAUGGUCUCCUUUCAUUGGAGGGCGGCGGAUAGCCAAUCAGGACACUACCCUGGGCAACUACCACGUCUCCAAGGGCACUGCUGCCAUGUAUGUCACCCAUGCUGUCCACCGUGACCCGGAAGUUUUCCACCAACCAGAGGAGUUCUUGCCGGAGAGGUGGAGUGGGAGGAAUGCCGGGCAGGAGGACCUUCUGUGCUGCCAAGGAAACGGCCCCAGAAACUGCAUCGGAGUCCAGCUCAACCAGGUGUUCCUGAAGGUGGCUUGUGGGUACCUGCUGAAGCACUAUGACUGGGACCUCAGCCCCGCCCCCCAGGACCUGCAGUAUAAGUGGCUGCCCAUAUCCAGGCCUAUCGUCCCGCCCACCAUCAGCUUCACAGCACUAGACUGCAGUAACCCACACCAGCCAGAGGGGGGCAGCUGCAAGUCAGAUGGACAGUGACAGAAGGUCAGGGUGAGGUCACAGAAAUGUCCACCCAAUUAAGUUUUACAGCAUUUCAAUGGGUUUAACGCAGACAUACUUUAGCAUGCUACUAAGGAGCAGAAGCUCAGAAACUUUAUUUGCACUUUUAUGAUUGAAUGUUUGGUUGCACUUUGGGGGAACUCCACUCACAAAUCAUUAUUUGACAUAUAAUGAUCUGUCUCUGUCCCUACCAUCAGAAUAAUUACAUUUCAAACCUCAAAACCAUGACUGUAAUCUGUAUGUGUAGAAGGCGAUUGAGGUAUAAUACCUCUUUAAGUGAUUUGAGGAGUCUUAAAUUGGAGAAUUCUGUGUAAUGGUGGCAAAUCUUUUUUUUCUCCAAAUUGUCUGGAGUUAUAGUCAAUACUGUGAUUGAAAACACCAAUACUUGAAGACAUAAAACUAAACUAAAACUCAAAUAUUUUAGUUAUCUGAACUGCAAAUUUUCUCUACAGUAGGGGAAAGGGGAAGAGUGACAUCGCUGACAGAAACUAAAAAUAAUUUUUUGCUUGGAGUUCCCUUAAGUUUGUUGUUUUAAUAAUCAAAACUGUGAACUCAGAAAUAGAAAUGUUGCUGUGUUUGUGAAGUGAUUCACAGUACAGUGUUUUAUGAAUGUUUGUUCAUGAACAGGAGUCUUGUUUGUCCAUUUAAAGGAGUACUUGUAUUAAUUUAAGCUAAAAACGGUUUAAGGAUCAGUGAUCCGAAUGCAAGGCAGUGCCACGGAUUUUCAAGCUGUACACCAAGGACUUCCAAACCUACCUGCCCUCUCUCUUGCUUAGCAACCAGCCUCACUUAGCAACAGCAACAGUCAUAGCCACACUGAAGUGCCUUUCACAUUCAUAUGGUUAUAAAUAUUCGUCUCUCAUCACUCUCUGCCAGCGAUGAUUAAUCAGACAGAGAUCUCAAAAUGAAUCAUCGGAGUGAAGAGAUGCAGAGCGGAUCACAGAUAAUGUGCGUUAUUCUGCUCAAAUGUUUUGUGUUCGCACCAAUCGAUUAUUUCAAAUAAUUUAAAAAAUAACAUUUGAUUCUUUUGACAUGCAAGUAAAGUUUUGGUUUAAGAUGUCAUUUCAUGAUAUUUAUCCUUUUUAUUGCAUAUAUUAAGGAAUGGAUUUUGUAGGAAAGCGUGUCCAAUUAAAUGUAAUAUCAAAGGUUACUCCAGCACUGACUAUGAUAACAUCAGUUUUAUUGGAUUAAUAUUUAAAUCUGCUCUGAAUGGUCCUCUGUCUCGCUGACUUUACUGAAUUUACUGCCUGGUUCAGAUAAUUCAUCUUAAUGGACUGCCUUUGGCUUUAGAAUGUGCUGGUCUUCUCUCUACUCGUAACAUUAUCCUGGCCACAAGCAUAACUGUAGUUCCUUUCUUUAAAAAAAAAUAAAUUAUGAAAUCUUUUCUUCUUUAGAUUUCAUUAUGAAUGUAACAUUUUGAUUUUUUAAAAUGUGUGCUGUACUGUAUUUAUGUGUCCCUGGAUAAAGCUUAACCCUUAUGUUGUCCUCAAGGUCGAACCCUUUCCCGCGUUUAACAGCAGUGAAAACCCUCAUAGUUUCAUUCUUCUGCAUGAAAUUUGGUGACUUUUCCAGUAGUUACCCUACCAUCAGAAAAAAAGUUACUUUUUUGUAUUUUUAUCAUUUUUACAAAAGUGGUACACCAACAGGGUACAAACAUUAUCUUGAGUCUUUUUUUAACCCUGAAGUUAUGAAAUCAGAAAUUAUAAUCAAACUUAAGCACCACAAAUCUACAACAGCAAAAAAAGGAAUCUAAUUAUGUGUUUUAUAGUAAAAACAAGGGGUGUAGACUGAAGAAAUACAUCUGGACUGUGAAGUAGGAAGACAUUUAUUGACCUGUUGAUGAGUGACGAGUUGUUUCUACAUGAAAAAUAUUGAUUUAGGGUUUAAAAUUAAAUGGAGAGGCCUCACCACAGGGGGCGUGGUUAGGGCCACUGGGUUCAUGCAUAAUAAGACAACAUGAGGGUUAACUGGCAUGUGUGCCGUUUGCUGCUAUCGCUCAUACUGAUACUUGCACUGCCAGUACUAACAAUGUACUUUCCUUUAUAUUAAAUGCGGGUUCUUUUUGCUUGAAAUCUAUCUGAUAACAAUGACCAAAGAUUUAACAGGCAAAAAUAAACACAAUGUUUUUACUUUGCCAUUCAA